AUGGGCUGGCUCAACCUUCGAGCAGACUACGACGAAUACUCAGACGAUCCUAGGGCACCGUGGCCCCAUAGCUUCGUUGUGCAAGACAUGGUUCAGGCUUUUGUGACCAUGGCCAUGUUCUUCCCAGAGUCAGAGAUUGCCGCCAAUGUGAUGAAGCUUUUCGACCAUGAGUGGGAGAAACUCAGAAACUCAGCCAUCUUCGACCCCCGAGAACGAAGCAAGACCCUGCCUGACCGAAGAAGCCGAACAAGCUACAAGUUCCGUGACCCCAAGUUUUGGCAACCGUGGAAGGACCUUGGGAAGACCAAGCGCUACUUUGCGGAUGUAUAUCCCAUGGACUGGAGCCUUGCCGUGCGCCCGAUUGUCGCCAAAUUAUAUCGCGCAGGAAUCAUCGCCCCAGCAUAUCUGCAAAACGACCCGGAAAUCGUCCCCGGCGUAGCCACAGCCAUGACCGAGCCUCACCGUCCCGACAAACUCGACCUCUUUAUCUGCUACGAGGACCCCUAUAACCGAUUCGCUCCACAGUUCCCACCCAACUUUGCCGGGCCGGACAAAUGGCCAAAGCUGCUACCUCGUGCCGAGGCCUUUGCAAGCAAACACCAAAACGCCCGCUUCGCCCUUCUCCGGCUGUGCGAGUUUAGCAUUCACCUGACUGUUUCGUCGAGGCUGGAUGUUCUGAAGCCGCAAUUUGGAGACAGGGUGGUUAGUAGGGGAGAUUUGAUCCUCGUCAUGGGAGAGGAUGCGGUUGAUUUGAUGAAGUAUUGUACGGCUGUGACGUUUGCUCUGCAGACGAAGCCGUGGUUGAGAGAGGUUGAUCUGUGGAAGAGUUAUAUCAAUGUUGAGUUGGGUUUGUUGCAAGAGUUGGAUCCGUUUUGGUUGGAUUGA